AUGUCUGAUAAGUCGACGGGAUGGUUGGGUCCGUUAGCCGAUCGUCUACUCGGCUGGGGGUGGAGGUUUGAUCACAGGAAUGGCUCUGGUCAGUGGCUGGUGGGUUUCAAGAUGCAUUUUGGAAUCUGCUCUAACAUUAGUGCAGAAUUGCAGGCACGGAGUUUUGGGAUCUUUCUCGCAUGGGAAGAAGGCUUUAGGGAUAUCCUUUGUGAAUUGGAUGCUAAGGUGUGCUUGGAUCUUACCCGAGCUGCUGAUAUAAGAGUUCAUCCUCUUGGGAGCGUGAUUGCUGACAUAAGGGAGCUCUUGCAAAGAAACUGGCGCUGCAACAUACUCCCCGAGAGGGCAAUUUUGCAGCGUGGCCAAAAAAGCUUAUUUUUAGCAUGA